AUGACCACCGCCGCCAGAAUGGACUUUGAAACCACCCUCAAGGGUAAAUACCCGGCCAAGCGACAUGCCCAGCGCGUGGCCGACUACAUCCGCAACAAGGUGCCCGGCGCUUCCGGCGUUCUCUACCUCGAGGGCCGCGCCACCAAGCUGCUCGAGGACAACGACGAGGCCGAGCCCUUUCGCCAGCGCCGCUACUUUUACUACCUGACCGGCUGCCCGCUCGCCGACUGCCACUACAUGUACGACCUGGAUGCCGACAAGUCUACGCUCUUCAUCCCGCCCAUCGACCCCGACUCGGUCAUCUGGUCCGGCCUGCCGGUUUCUGUCGAUGAGGCCAAGCAGCGCUGGGACGUUGACGACGUCAAGUACACCAGCGAUGUCAACGCCACCCUCGCCCACGUCGGCAGCAGCAAGCCCAAGGGCUCUUCUGUCUUCGCCAUCGCGAACCAGGUCUCGGACAAGGUCACCUUCCUCGAAUUCGACAACAAGAACUUCUCCAUCCUCAAGGAAGCCAUCGAAGUCACGCGCGUUGUCAAGGACGAGUACGAGCUGGCCAUCAUGGCCAAGGCCAACGAGAUCAGCUCUGACGGACACAAGAUGGUCAUGCAAAAGGUCAAGCACGUCCAGAAUGAGCGCGAGUUGGAGGCGGUUUUCCUGGGACACUGCAUCGCCAAGGGCGCCCGCAACCAGGCCUACCACAGUAUCGUCGCCAGCGGUCGCGCGGCUGCCACGCUGCAUUACGUUCCCAACAACGCCGACAUGGCUGGCAAGCUGAACCUUUUGCUGGAUGCGGGAGGCGAGUGGGAUUGCUAUGCCUCGGACAUUACCCGCACUUUCCCCAUCAACGGCAAGUUUACCAAGGAGAGCAGGGAGAUUUACGAUAUCGUGCUCAAGAUGCAAAAUGAGUGUAUCGCUGCGCUAAAGGAGGGUGUCCUCUGGGAUGACGUUCACCUCCUUGCGCACAAGAUUGCCAUCGACGGCCUUCUCCAGAUUGGCAUUCUCCAGGGCGACAAGGACGAGAUUCUCGAGGCCAGGACGAGCGUUGCUUUCUUCCCCCACGGUCUGGGUCACUACCUGGGCAUGGACACCCACGAUACCGGCGGCAACCCCAACUAUGCUGACAAGGACACCAUGUUCCGCUACCUCCGCGUCCGCGGUCGUCUCCCAGCUGGCAGCGUGAUCACCGUCGAGCCCGGUAUUUACUUCUGCAACUUUAUCAUUGAGCCGUUCUUGAAGGACCCCAAGCACAGCAAGUACAUCAAUGCUGAUGUGCUGGAGAAGUACUGGGAUGUUGGUGGUGUCAGAAUUGAGGACAACCUGGUCAUCACCAAGGACGGCACCUACAACCUCACGACAGCACCCAAGGACCCCGAGGAGAUGGAGAAGAUCAUUCAGCAGAGCUGA